CCAAGUACUCGUUUCCACACCAAGACUCAGACUUUUUGAGCCAAAAAAGCCACAUUCUUAGACUGUCCAGCUUGUAAUGGUUAAUGUAAAACUUACCAGAUGAACCUUGUGUUUCAGCUUCUUUCUCUUCCCCUCCCCCUUGCUUCAGAGGCCUGAUGCCGUCGGACUAUUCCGAAGAAGAGGCCACCUCCGAAAAAUUCCCCUUCUAGGACAUGUAGACACUUGAAAUGUUUCUGUUUGAAGAAAAUAGAGGGAAAAACAGAAGUCUUAAGUCUGUGGCACACUGUGUCUUCAGACAGUUUGGAGGAUUGAAAACCUAGAGGUUUUAAAUCAUGAAUUGAACAUGUAAAAUUCCAGUAAAAUGUAAAAAUGGAAUAUGCAUCGCUCUUAACCAUGAGCAUAGUGACUUAGAGACACUGUACAUCAGUUAUGCCAAUAAGACUGUGGACUUCAUGAUUGUUGAACUACUGGGUCAAAACUCAAAUGAGGUGAAUUUUGCCUUUAAAGGAUUUACUUGCUAAGAACCAACUCUAAUAGCCGUGAGACUAUCACGUCAUAGCUACCAGUACAAGUAGUGCAUAUAUUUAUCCAUUUAGCUUUGAGCUCUAUAUUACAUAAUGGAGCCUUAAAUCUAUGUGGUUUUUAUCAAUGGUUUGUUUUUUGAAUGGUUGUGGAAACUGUAGAUAACCUUAACCGAGGACUGUACAAACGUGAAGGUGUGGUCUCACACUUCAGGUUUAAACUGUUUGACGCAUUAUAAGCAUUCAUUUCACAACUAGAUUGUAUAUGGUAUUUGGCUGUGAUGAGAUUCCCAUUAUUCAGUAAACCCUCAUCUCAUUCAGCAGGCACAUGUUAAACAGCAUUGUCGUUGGUGUUAAAUGGGGGAAUGUGUUCCUUCAUUGUAUUUGGGGCCUUUUGUAUCGAAUUCUUGAUAUUAAAUUAAAUGUGCCUUGAAAUAGUUGGGUUUUUUUUAAUUCAAGGAAUACUCUGAUAAUUUUGUUGUACUCAAUAUUUUACUUUGGGGGGCUAUGGAGAGCAGAUCAACACUUUGGAAAAAUUCUGUGCUCUUUAAAGUGAAGGAAAAGGCUGUCUCGCUUAAAAGACUAUUCCAGAAGGUAUAAAAGACAAGGAGACUUGGCAUUGGCCCCAGGAUAUUGCAGUAGAACAUAUUGUGGGACAGUCUCACGAGGUACCUACCAGAAGAUGGGGGAAAUGUGUUGGAACUCUGGGCUGGUCCAAGUGAGAUGUUCUGUGAAUUGAAAAAGCCAAACAGGCAAAAAAUUAAUGGCGAAGUGUCGAAUGCUUAUCCAGGAGAACCAAGAGCUUGGAAGGCAGCUGUCCCAGGGCCGUAUUGCACAGCUUGAAGCCGAGUUGGCUUUACAGAAGAAAUACAGUGAGGAGCUUAAAAGCAGUCAGGAUGAACUGAAUGACUUCAUCAUUCAACUUGACGAAGAAGUAGAGGGUAUGCAGAGCACCAUUCUAGUUCUUCAGCAACAGUUGAAGGAGACUCGACAGCAGUUGGCACAGUACCAGCAGCAGCAGUCUCAAGCUUCUGCUCCAAGUACCAGCAGGACUACAUCUUCUGAACCUGUGGAUCAGGCAGAGGCCACAAGCAAAGACUGCAGUCGUCUGGCAAAUGGACCAAGUAAUGGCAGCUCCUCCCGCCAGAGGACGUCUGGGUCUGGAUUUCACAGGGAGGGGAGCACUCCUGAGGAUGACUUUCCUUCUUCUUCAGGGAACGGUAAUAAGGCCUCCAACAGCUCAGAGGAGAGAACUGGCAGAGGUAGUAGUUACAUAAACCCACUCAGUGCGGGGUAUGAAAGUGUAGACUCUCCCACGGGCAGUGAAAACUCUCUCACACAUCACUCAAAUGACACAGACUCCAGUCAUGACCCUCAAGAGGAGAAAGCAGUGAGUGGGAAAGGUAAUCGAACUGUGGGUUCCCGCCAUGUUCAGAAUGGCUUGGACUCAAGUGUAAAUGUACAGGGUUCAAUUUUGUAAUAUUUUUCCAGCAAAUUUUUAUACAGUGUCAUUUAAUUGGGGGAAGGAUACUGUCAAAAAUUAAUGCAUACUUUUGUCACAAUUUAUACCCUUUUGUGGGUGUGUUUUUGUUUUGUUUGGUUCUUUUUUUUUUUUUUUUAAUUGCUUCAAUACCUCUGCUACUUUGAAAAUUGUAACAGUUAAUUACUUUGAACAUUGCUAAAAGGACAUUUUGUGUAGGGUCAAGUUAUUUUUAUAUGAGUUAAUGUGAAGUUGUAAAUGGGAAUCUAUAGCAGUGACGUCUGUAUAAAUCUGUCUAUCUAGAACCUGUGCUGUCAGGGCACUCUUCCUCACGCUGUUGUUACUCAUGCACCAUUCAGACUUGUUAGAGUAGAUGUGGGCUUAGGACCGCCGAGUGUGCCCAGUACAGUAGUUUUAUCACUAAAGAGUUGGAUGUGAGUCCUAUAGUAGUUUCAGCGUUAGAUAGUUUUUCCACCAUACAUCUGUGCAUUCAUCUUUAGCUGAACUGAAUGUUUAAGAAAUCCGUGUGCAUAGUUACUAAGUUUUUAUGAAUUGUUGUGUCCUGUUAAUGCAUAUUGCCCUGUGACUCCAGUAUAUCUCACCUGUACUGACCAAACCUAAAUAAAAAUUUUUAUUGUAA